CUGAAACCCUCUGCGGUGAUGUUUCCUCCUCCUCUCCUCCUCCUGUUAGCACCAAGAAGAGAGUAUCACUUCUGGUUUGUGAGUCAAACUGAACGGACCGCUCGCCUCACACAUAAGCAAAUGGAUGCGAAAGAGCUGAGUGAUCCCAUGAAUAACGUGUCGCUGAUUAAAGAUAACUUGACCAAGUCAAACAUGGGAUCCUCGGGUGACUCAGAGAAAGUUAUCCAGCGCUUGAAAGAUGAACUUCGUGAAGCCCAGGAGCAAGCCAAUACUGAGAAACACACAUUUAUGGAGCUAGAAGGUGUCCUGCAGGAAGAGAAAAAGGGAAAUAAGCACCAAGCUGAUGAAUCUGCAAAACAGAUCAAACUUCUUCAAGGCCAGCUGCGGCAGCUCCAAGAUGAAACGAGCACCCUCAGAGGCCAGAUGGAUGUCUCCUCCGGUUCACGCGACGAGUUACUAAGUGCCCGUGAUGAGGUGAAGGAGCUGAAACGUGCCCUGGAGGCAGCCGCUGCUGAGCGCGAUCGUGACGUAGCUGCUAUCCAGACUAACCUGGCAACCGUCUCCAAGGAUCUCGAUAAAUGGCGCCAGACCGCCAACAAAUAUGAGCAUGAAAUUGACAACCUACAGCGUGACCUUCAACAGCAGAGCAAGCAGUGGCAGAAAACUGCAGAAAUUCAAGCUGGCGAGCUGCAGUCCAUGCAGGCAGAGUGUAAUGGCCUUCAGAAGGAGUGUGCAAUGCUGCGAUCUGAAAAACAAGAAACCGUGAAUAAGCACCAGAAGGAAAGGAGCAGUCUGCAAAGUGAGUGUGCUUCCCUCAGGACUGAGAGGGAGGAACUCCUCAAGUCUCACCAGAAAGACAAGGCGAACCUGCAGAGUGAAUGUGCAGCACUGCGCUCUGAGAAAGAGGCGGGGCUGCAGAGACAGCAGCAGCUGGAGAAGGACCUUGCCAGCUCGCAUGCCCAGAAUGCUGAGCUGAGCGACAGCCUCAAAGCCCUGGAGAGAUCCCAGCAGGAGUUAGAGAAGAGGCUGGCGGCCCUGCAGCUCCAGCACCAGCAGGACAGCACCAAGCUGCAAAUCCAACUGGAGGAGGCAGACAGCCAGAGCAAGGCUCUGCAGAGAGAGUAUGAGGAGGCUAAGACGGAGCUGUCAGACCUGAAGGAAAAGUAUGAGAAGACUGAGCAGGAAAAGCAGUCAAUUACAGAUGAGUUUGAGGAGUGCAAAGCCAACAUGAAGGAGUUGCAGGAGAACGGGACAAAGACAUCCCUUUUGCUGCCUGUUCAAGCCAUAGUCAUCGGCCUUAUCCUGGCUUUGCUGUAUUGGUGCUUCGGCGCAUUGUGGUAGUAAGAAACCGUGGUUUAUCUGGGGACCUGUGGCUGCUGUGGCUCUAACAGCUGUGGCUGCUGCUCUGCUCCUCAGGACCUGAGGGACACGUGCUCAAACACACACAAACAUAAACAGAGAAGUGAACCCAUAAUUGUCAUCAGAUUUCUCCGCACUGAAACUGAAAAACGUGCCCUCUAUCAUAUCUGCACUAUUAAUUAGGAGGGCUCAUACUUAACACUGUUUAAUUUUUAAGAUGCUCUAUUUUAGAUGAUAGAGAUGUUAAUAAAAUAAUGUUGUUUUGUGUGCAAAUGAAUACGUUUGUUUGUAUGCCUAUUAUUAUUAUUAUUAUUAUUAUUAUUAUUAUUAUUAUUAUUAUUAUUAUUAUUAUUUGAAGGAAACAAGGUUGAGUUGUUUUUUUUGUCUACUAUCAUAACUAAGGAUAGGAUAGGAUUAUCCAAUAAUGAAUGUAAAGGUACGCUACAAAGUUAUUUACUUUAAGAUGAUGAUGAUGAUGAUGAUGAUGAUGAUGAUGAUGAUAUUUUAAAUGGAUAUCCUAGAGUUGAACCUCCCUAACUGUAACACAUCUCUGUAACUGUCCGAAUAAUAAAUAUUGUCACAAUAA